UUAAACUCUAGACAGGCAGCUCGCUAGUUUUUAAACGCAGACCAGUAUGUCCAAAUCAAACACAGUCCAGUUUAAGGUUAUUUCUGAUAGUUUAACUCAACUGAUCAGGACGUUUGACUCAUGAUCAAACACAUAGAUUACUGAGUCCUCGCUUUACUCAAGUUACUGUCGAAGGCAAAUCGUCGGAGAAUAUCAGACUGAUGCGGCAGAUAACGUGCAGAUCAUGGAUUCUGCGCCAGCUCUGUGACUGGACGCGCCCUCACUUCCGGGUGUGUGUUGGGGGUUAGAGUAAAUAACAACAGCAUCAGGGGGCUCGUGAGUGAGUGUGUGUGUGUGUUGCCAAGAGAACGCGGUGUAAGGAGUUCAGAUGGCGCAGGUCUCGCGUGCUGUAAAGUCAGUUUGACGUCUUAUUGAAUGUGACAAGAAAUGAGUAAACCCAAAAUGGCGACAGAAAAAAGUGCUUCCCGUGUGCUGAUGUUGCUGAGUCAGCUAGAAAGACUGAACGAGGACCAUAAAGUCUCUGACAAUGACGCCAUCCGGCAGAUCACAGGCAAAAUCCUCCACCUCCUCCAGACUCAAGAGAAGACCCGGAAGGAGGUGACAUCUAAAGGCGCUGGUGGGAUGGAGGUCAUUCUGUCGUCUCUGGAGAAUACACAGGAUUUGCAGACCACUCUCAAUAUCCUCGCUAUCUUGAAUGAACUGUUGACCGUGGGUGGAGGACGCAGGACCGGCAUGUUUGUGUCUAAGGGAGGAACAGCCAUUCUGCUGCAGCUGCUGGUGAGCUCCAGCAAAGACCCUCCGGCCAAUGAGGAACUAAUGCUUCACAUUCAUACUCUACUGGUCAAAGUCGGCCCCAAAGACAGGAAGUUUGGCGUAAAAGCGCGUCUGAACGGGGUUCUGAAUGUGACUUUGAAUCUAGUGAAGCAUAAUCUGCAGAACCACAAGCUGUUGCUGCCGUGCCUUCAGGUGCUUCGGGUCUACUCAGGCAACCUGGUAAAUGCCGUGUCGCUGGGAAAGAGUGGCGCUUUGGAGAUCAUGUUUGAAAUCAUCGGACCCUUCAGCAAAAAGAGCACCACACUGAUGAAGGUGGCCUUGGACACACUGGCGGCUUUACUGAAGUCCGGAAUGAAUGCCCGGCGGGCAGUGGACAGAGGAUACCUUCCCACGCUACUCACGAUCUACCAAGAUUGGCACCGCAAUGAUACACGCCACCGCCAUGUGGUCGUCCGCAAGAGCAUUCUGGGAUGCAUCAAAAACCUCACUAACAUUAAGCUUGGCAGGAAGGCUUUCAUAGACGCCAAUGGCAUGAGGAUCCUUUAUAACACAUCCACUGAGUGCCUGUCUGUCCGGACGCUGGAUCCACUGGUCAAUACCUCCAGCCUAAUUAUGAGGAAGUGCUUUCCAAAGAACCGCCUACCACUGCCUACUAUUAAAAGUGUCUUUCACCACCCGCUACCACACAUACCAGCUGGUGGACCGGUGGCGCAGCUGUACAACCAGCCACCUGGAGUGGAUGAUGUAGUGGAUGAGAGCGAUGAGAAUGAAGCCACGGAGGUCGACACAGAAAAUGACACGGAAUAUGAGGAGGACGAAACCGGUCACAAAACACAGAAUGAUGAUGACAUAGAGACAGAUAUCAAGAAACUGCAGCCCAUACAGGUGAAUACUCGUCCGUUCGAUGAGCUCAGAGCCUACGAGUAUUUCUGUCGGGAAUUCAGUGAACUAUUUGAGGAAGAUGACUUUGAAAGCCCCGGAUCUGUCAUCCCUCCAUCAAGUGUUAACUCAGAGCUUCAUCGUCCCAUCAUCAUUCCCACCACACCGAGCUCCUUGGGGCCUCAAAACAGACGUGCGCUGCGAGAGGACCUUCUGACGCCCAAGUCAGAUGAGUCUCCUCUGGAACUGGACAGCAUUUCCAUAUCAAAAAGGCCAGAGGACACGGCGGACCCUGAUCUGGUCUGUAGUUUGGGCCGUCUGGUUGUAGAUGGUGGUGUGGAUGGGUCUCAGGAGGAGGGCGGGGAGCAAGCCGUGCUGGAAGUGCCAGACACCGCAGCACUGCUGCCGCUGCACGACCCUGACCUUUACUUGGAGAUGGUGAAGAGCACCCGCUCAGUUCCCGCCUACACAGAAGUGGCUUACCCAGAUUACUUUGGGCAUGUGGCUCUCAACCUCCGCGAGCCCAUUCUAGAGAGGGUUUAUGGUGUGCAGAGAACCAAGAUUUUCCAAGACAUCGAGAGGCUCAUUCAUUCCAGUGACAUCCUCGAUAAAGUCGUAUAUGACUUAGACAAUCAGAGUUGUCCAGUCAUUGACAACGGGGAGUCUCUGAAGUUCAACUCUAAGUUUGAGUCUGGAAACCUACGGAAAGCUAUACAAGUCAGAAAGUUUGAGUAUGACUUGAUCUUGAACUCCGAUAUCAAUAGUAAUCACUAUCACCAGUGGUUCUAUUUCGAGGUGGGCAAUAUGCGUCCUGGAGUUCGUUAUCGAUUCAACAUAAUCAACUGUGAGAAGUCCAACAGCCAAUUCAAUUAUGGUAUGCAAGUGCUGAUGUACUCUGUACAGGACGCUAUCAACGGCAGCCCUCAUUGGGUUAGAACAGGAUCAGACAUCUGUUACUACAAGAAUCAUUUCUCACGAAGCUCCAUUGCAGCCGGGGGUCAAAAGGGCAAAUCCUACUUCACUAUGACCUUCACUGUGACCUUUCAGCAUAAAGAUGAUGUCUGCUACUUUGCCUACCAUUACCCAUACACCUACUCCAUGCUGAAGAUGCAUCUGCAGAAGUUGAGUGCUUUGCGUACUGCUCAGAUCUACUACAGACAGGAUGAUCUGUGUGAAACGCUGGGAGGAAACAGCUGUCCCCUGCUCACCAUCACAGCCAUGCCAGAAUCCUCCAGCAAUGACCACAUCAGCCAGUUCAGAAGCCGUCCAGUGGUGUUUCUGUCUGCGCGGGUGCAUCCUGGAGAGACUAACUCUAGCUGGGUGAUGAAAGGCACUCUAGAGUUUCUCAUGAGCUGCAGUCCUCAAGCCCAAAGUCUACGAGGGAGCUAUAUCUUCAAAAUCAUCCCCAUGCUCAACCCUGAUGGCGUCAUCAAUGGAAAUCAUCGUUGUUCUCUGAGUGGGGAGGAUCUGAACAGACAGUGGCAGAGCCCCAAUGCCGAGCUGCACCCCACCAUCUACCACGCCAAGAGUCUCCUGCAGUACCUCAGAGCUACAGGAAGAACUCCACUGGUGUUCUGCGACUAUCACGGCCAUUCACGGAAGAAGAACGUUUUCAUGUACGGCUGUAGUAUUAAGGAGACUGUGUGGCAGACCAAUGUCAACACCAGCACCUGUGACCUCCAGGAGGACCUUGGAUACAGGACUCUGCCGAAGCUGCUGUCUCAGAUGGCUCCAGUGUUCAGUCUGUCCAGCUGCAGUUUUGUAGUCGAACGCUCCAAAGAGUCCACGGCACGUGUGGUGGUGUGGAGAGAGAUCGGAGUGCAGCGCAGCUACACCAUGGAGAGCACGCUGUGCGGCUGCGACCAGGGCAAAUACAAGGGGCUCCAGAUCGGUACAAGUGAGCUGGAGGAAAUGGGUGCUCAGUUUUGUUUGGCUCUGCUCAGGCUAAGACGCUUCACAUCCCCCUUAGAGCUCCACAACCACAACUCCCAUCUGCUGGACACGGAGAACGAGCUGAUCGACACCCGCAGCAUGCCCAACAUCACCAGUCCCACCACUUAUGUGUUAGAAGAGGAUGAGCCGGCGUUCCUGGAGGAAGUCGACUACAGCGCAGAAAGCAAUGACGAGAAUGAUCCUGAUCUUGAACCUGAUCUCCAGGAUAACCUUGCCCUCCUGGACCCCAGUUCUGACUCUGAGUUCAGUCCCAAUACUCACUUAACUGAAACUGAACCAGGCUCACUUUAGUGUUAGGAUUCAUCCGAUCUCACCAAGCGUUCGCCUGUGUACUUCAUCACCUGUGUUUGCCUACGAUAUAGAAUCAUUUGUUCACAAAAUAUGACCUAAAUUAGAAGAACCUAACUUCAAGAUCAGCUUUCUAACAACAAGCAUAACAUAAUAAUGCAGAAGAUCCUUCUGAGACCAUAAUGCCUAUAGAUGCUUUACAAGUAAGAGCAUUAUUAGUAAUGUUAGAAAUCAGUCUGGAGCAUGUCGUUAUUAAAACAGAGGAACAGAUUUGCCCUUAUUUACUCAUCCACAUGUCGUCCCAAACCUGUUUAACUCUCAAAAUUCUGUGGAACACUAAAUAAAUGUUCACACUUCAUUUUCUAGGGAUCAUUCAACCUAAAGCGAAAAUUUGCUGUUCAUUUCUCAGCCUGAGGUCAUUCAAGAUGUAGAUUACUCUUUUUUUUUUUAACAGUAAAGAAGAUUUUUCAGCUGAACCCAUGGUCCUUGGUGAUUCAUAAAAUGUAAGCCAAUGGCUACUGUCACUUUAAAAAGCAUAUACAGACAAUACAGAAUUAAUACUUGCAGCUCCUGACUAUAUAUUAAGGUCUUAUGAAGCGAAACAGUUGGUCUGUGCAAGAAACUGAAUGUAAUUUACCACUUUAUCUGUAGACUCAGUGAGCAUGUUCACAUAAUGUUUAAUUUCUUGCACAAACCGAUUGUUUCACUUCAUAAGACCUCAAUAUAUCGCCAGGAGCCACGGGUAUUACUUUUAUGCUAUCUGUAAAUGCUUUUUUUACUCUCAAAGUAAUAGCAGCCGUUGACUUGUUUUUUACGAAUCAAUGAGAACCACGGUUUCAGAUGAAAACCUUCUUUACUGACCUUUACUGAAUAAAAAAAGUCACCUACAUCUUAGGAGGCCUGAGGGUGAGUAAAGGGACUGCAGGUUUUCAUUUUUGAGGGAACUAUUUUGUUUUGUAUGUUCCACAGAAGAGAAAGUCUUAGAGAUUCGAAAGGACAUGAGGUUAAACCCUUCAAAUGUGACAGUCCUUAUAAAAAGAAAUUCGAUGAAAUUAUUAAUUAUACUCAUUAGCAAAAAUGUAAUAGUAUAUGCUAAACAGUCUCCAAUUUUCUGGUGAUGCAUUAUAAAAGACCAUGACCAUUUCAUAAAUACUGGUGUUUCCUUGACUCACAUUAAGAACAGAUGGUAGGGCUGUAAUCCUGACGCUCAUGACGUAUGCUCCUCUAACAAACCGCAGUGUCGCAUAACUUGAGGAUGGAAUCAAAUCUGCGCACUCAUAACAACCUCACAGUACAGCAAAGCAGUCUAAUGUAUGCAACGACACUCUUGUUCUCACGAGAAACACUCACCUGCGUCCUGAUAGGGUCCCCAUGAGGUCGCAGCGCUAGAUCAGUAUAGGUCAUGUGAGUGUGUGUUCACAGCACAUUUUGUGGCUGUAUUCGCUUUUUAAUUGGGAGAGCUUCUGUAUUUUCAUUUAGAUGUUAAUAUUUAUUUGUUGCAUUUAGUGCAUGGUUUUCGGAAGUCGCCUUUUUAAUUUAUUUUAUUCGUUUUAUUUGUUUAUUGGGAGAAAAGAAAGGUAAAACUUGAUUUCGAUGCUGCCAGUGUAGUGUGUGUGAGUAUGCUUGUUUGUAUUUGUGUUUGUUUGAUGUCAGCAGUUGGCCAAAGUACUAAAUGUGUGUAUGGAGUAGAUAAAAAUGUACAAGUAAUUACGGUUGUGCUUGAAUGUUUGUUAGUCUUUGAUUGAAAGUCUGGGUAAUAAACAACAAAGUUAGACUGA